AUGGAUGCUGUGCGGUAUCUUGCCUCUGGCAAAGGUGUAUUUGAUUCCAUCUGCGAUCUCAUCAUUCGCCCGCCGCGGGCGCAGUACGACCCGUUCGUGGAUCUCGGCCCGGAUGUAUUCCGCAUUGGCGACGACGACCCCACCCGCUACAACCGCACAGAUCUCACUCUCUACAACAUGCGGGGAAUGGCCGUGCAGUGCUCGUGGUUCCGCCCACUCGACGGGGACCGCCGGCCGUGCGUGGUGUAUUUGCACGGCAACUGCGGCUCCCGCUACGAUGCGAUGGAGGCGUUGUUUCUACUGCGGCACGGCUUCACCCUCUUCACCUUCGACGCCUCCGGCAGCGGCAUGUCGGACGGGGAGUUCAUUUCGCUCGGCUUCUACGAGCGGCAGGACCUCGCGGCCGUCGUGGAGUAUCUCGCCGCGCAGCCGGAUGUGGACGGCAUUGGGCUCUGGGGCCGCAGCAUGGGCGCCGUCACUUCCAUCAUGUACGCCGCAAAGGACCGGUCUAUUAAGUGCAUCGUCUGUGAUUCUCCCUUCUCGGCCCUUCGCCUGCUUAUUAAGGACUUGGUGAAGCAACAUGGAUCCAAGAGGAUUCCAUCAGCUCUCGUAGAUAGUAUUGUAGAUCGCAUUCGAAAAAGAAUUGCGAAACGGGCGGCAUUCGAUAUUGAUGACUUGGAUGCCUUGAAAUACGCGUCUGAAUGUGUUGUACCGGCAUUUAUAUUUCACGGAGAGGAUGAUGACUUUGUGUUGCCAAUGCACUCUAUGGCGGUAAAUGAUGCUUUUAAAGGACCAUGUUUACAUCAUUUAGUGGAAGGCGGUCAUAAUGAUGAACGUGAUCAGUCAGUGCAGAAUACCAUUGUGAAUUUCCUUACCUUGUACUUAAUCCUCAAGCCAGAGGGAGAGAGAGAUCGAAAAAAUGAUCCCAAACCUAUUAUAGUGAAGGGACGUAUAGAUACAUCCAUGCCAAUAUCUGUCUCUGGCGAAACACCAACAGGAACACCAUUAGGAACAGCAGGAGUGGAAUCUUCUUCUACGGAGGGAGGGGAAUGGGAUAACACCGCCUCCCCUUCAAAGAAUUACGCCCCAUUAGUACCAAUUAGUUUCACUAAACCUCGUUUACGUGAUGCCACUAUAUCAUCAUCAUCAUCAUCGCCGCGGCCAUCAGUAACAUCGUUAUCAUCAAAGGAGAGUCAUAGGGAUGCAGAUAAGGAGAAGAAAAAAUCCUCUACCUAA